AUGAGCUCUUCCGAUCUCACCGGAGUCGAUGAUUUGACAGGGAGUCUUCCGAUAUCAGUGUAUGUCAGCUUUUUGUUCCUAUUUUCGGUGUUGAUGAUCUGUUACGUACUUUUAUUACCGAUUUUUGAGUAUACACGCAAGGCUAACGAAGAGCAAGACAAAAAGGACAAACUCUACCCAACUGUCAAACAUUUUUUCUGGAUGGUAAGAACAUCCUAUUACUUUUUCAUCGCUUUGAUUGUCGUUUUAUUCCUUCAAUAUCCCCCAUUGCGUAACAUAAUAUUCUAUAGCUUAUUCAUAAUUGAUCAAACAUUUGAAUUGCUAUUAUUUUCCAUUGCUCUUGAAAAAUGCCUGUGCACGUUUUUCCCAAAACUCGAGCCCUAUUUCACAUCAGCUCGGAAUAGCCUACUUGAUAAAAUUUGGGCUUUAUAUAUUGUGCACGUGAUUAAGGAAUUGAGUAUUUUAGUUGUGGUAAGGCGAACUGUCGGAAACGGAAAAGCAAAGGAUACAGUGGGAUAUGUUCAUGGGAUUAUAUUAUCUUGUAUGGCACUGUUUUCUAUGUUAUCUGCGUUGAUGCACUUUCCAAUUAUGAAAAAAAUGCGCAAGCUCGCGUAUUUGGAUUCGACUCAGCUAAAUACCCUUUACACAUACAUAUUUUGGCUGACAAUUACUGUUGUGGUUUUUAAAUUGAUCUACAUAUUACUUUUCACUAUAAUUUUUAUAUUGUUUCUCCCUCAAUUCUCGAUUCAAUUAUUAGUAUACAUAAUUGCUAUUAUUGGAGGUCUCACAACUCCCAUUAUUAUUGAAUCUGUGUAUAUUGUUUGCAACAUUGACAAAAUCUACAAUAUUAACGGCAGAAAAAUCAGGGAAUUUUUGAAGCUCUAUUUGAAGUAG